UUUACCAACAGAUGGCAUCACUGUGCCAUCUUACACCCAUAACAGAGGCGUGCCUAAACGGUGACUUUUUCAACAGUGUGUUGAAGUGGCUGACAGCGAGCAGACUAGAAGCCCCGUUAAUGAGGCAGCUGGAGUUGUAUAGUAUUUCUCCGACCCAGACAAAAAGAUGAUAGUGAAGUUUAUCUGUGCGGUUGUUACCCGGUCGCUAUUCCUCCUCAUCUCUCUGAUAGGAGUAUGGAGGGUGGUCUGGGUUAAGAAUAAUGCUCUUUAUUGGUUCUUGACGAUCCUUUAUCUUCCUCUGGUGGUCGAGAUGAUUUUAACCCUGAAGAGAAAACAAUUACAGGAUUAUAAAUGGUUUUCUCCUGCCAUCUUCCUGUUCCUCAUCAGUAUCAUUCCAUCUCUAUGGAUUCUAGAGUUACAUCAUCAGCAGAACAAAGCUACUGAUUCCAGGUGUGACAAACUGGAUUCAUCUGAAAACAUAAAGAGCCUGUUAAACAUGUGGAGAGGGAAUUCCACCAAUGGCAGCGAGACGCUACUCCAGGGUUCAGUAUCUCUGUUGUCGUCAGUGUGCGCUAACGACUGGAUCCUGGCCCUGCACCAGACCCUGUUGAUCCUGCUGGUCAUAGGGAAGUGGCUGCUCCCUGUUGCAGGAGGGGUGACCAGGGAUGAACUGUCUCAGCUCCUCCUCAUCUUCGUAGGCACUGCCUCUGACAUCCUGGAGUUCACCUCAGAGACACUGUUGGAUGUCAAGGACAGCAGUCCCAGCAUGGUGUACGUCAUCCUCGGAGUCUGGACGUGGAGUAUGUUCCAGUUUCCCCUCCACCUGUCAGUGUCUACCUCCAGACCUGAUGAAUAUUCAGAGGGGGACCAGGGUGUGUCUCUGCUGGCCAGACUAAGGACAGAUAUCUGGAGCAUGGUGGAGAGCCUCUUCGUCCAGGACGGACCCUUCCUGGUGGUCCGCCUCACCCUCAUCCUCUACUUCCACGUCAUACACCAGAUGCUCAUCUUCUUCGCCAUCAAGAACUUCCUGGUGGUCAUUCUGAACUUCUACCGUCUGUUUGCCAUCUACUGCGACUACAAGGCUUCAGGUUGAUCUGAGGUUAUUGUCACGACUUCCUCCGAAGUCGGUCCCUCUCCUUGUUCGGGCGACGUUCGGCGGUCGACGUCACCGGUCUUCUAGCCAUCGCCGAUCCACCUUUAAUUUUCCAUUUGUUUUGUCUUGUCUUUCCACACACCUGGUUCCAAUUCCAUUCAUUACAUGUUGUUUAUUUAACCCUCUGUUCCCCCCAUGUCCUUGUCCGGAAUUAUGUUUGCUUGUGCUUGUGCAUGUUAUGCUGGUGUGCGACGGGUUUUUGUACCAUUUAUUGAUUGUUCUGUUUUCCUGCUGUUUUUUAUGAAUAAACUGCGCCGUUGGAAACACUGUUUUUGCUCUCCUGCGAACUGAUAAAUAUCUCUGGGUUAGGGUGGUAGAGGGCUGACAGCAGAGGUGUCUGUCU